AUGAUCGCCGCGCAGGCCAAGCUGGUCUACCAGCUCAACAAAUACUACACGGAGCGCUGCCAGGCCCGCAAGGCAGCCAUCGCCAAGACCAUCCGGGAGGUGUGCAAGGUGGUGUCGGACGUGCUGAAGGAGGUGGAGGUGCAGGAGCCGCGCUUCAUCAGCUCCCUGAGCGAGAUCGACGCCCGCUACGAGGGGCUGGAGGUGAUCUCGCCCACCGAGUUCGAGGUGGUGCUCUACCUCAACCAGAUGGGCGUCUUCAACUUCGUGGACGACGGCUCCCUGCCGGGAUGCGCCGUGCUCAAGCUGAGCGACGGCCGCAAGCGCAGCAUGUCCCUCUGGGUGGAGUUCAUCACCGCCUCCGGCUACCUGUCCGCCCGCAAGAUCCGCUCCCGCUUCCAGACGCUGGUGGCCCAGGCCGUGGACAAGUGCAGCUACCGGGACGUGGUGAAGAUGAUCGCGGACACCAGCGAGGUGAAGCUCCGCAUCCGGGAGCGGUACGUGGUGCAGAUCACGCCCGCCUUCAAGUGUACGGGGAUCUGGCCCCGCAGCGCGGCGCAGUGGCCCAUGCCCCACAUCCCCUGGCCCGGCCCCAACCGGGUGGCGGAGGUGAAGGCGGAGGGCUUCAACCUGCUCUCCAAGGAGUGCUACUCGCUGACGGGCAAGCAGAGCUCGGCCGAGAGCGACGCCUGGGUGCUGCAGUUCGGCGAGGCCGAGAACCGCCUGCUGAUGGGCGGCUGCAGGAACAAGUGCCUCUCGGUGCUGAAGACGCUCCGCGACCGGCACCUGGAGCUGCCCGGGCAGCCCCUCAACAACUACCACAUGAAGACGCUGCUGCUGUACGAGUGCGAGAAGCACCCCCGGGAGACCGACUGGGACGAGGCGUGCCUGGGGGACCGGCUGAACGGCAUCCUCCUGCAGCUCAUCUCCUGCCUGCAGUGCCGGCGCUGCCCCCACUACUUCCUGCCCAACCUAGACCUCUUUCAGGGCAAACCCCACUCGGCCCUGGAAAGCGCUGCCAAACAGACCUGGAGGCUGGCCAGAGAGAUCCUCACCAAUCCCAAAAGCCUCGACAAGCUAUAG